AUGUUACGGAUCGAACCGGUGGAUUGUAAUGACUGUUUGCAGGUCAUUAAUCAUAUUCUUUCGGAAUAUUUAGGCUUGACACAUUACCAAAUUGACAAAGACAAAAAUCUAAUUUUAACCCAAGAAGAUACCGAGUUGGAAAAAAUAACGGAGGCGGUCGACCAACUGAAGGCGUCUGGGAUCGAUGCCUCUCUUAUUUCUUCGGAUAAUCUCAUUCAUGAGGGCGACCGUUUGCCAAUCAAACGGACUAAUCGCUUCAGUGUUAGUGGCGAAAGUAGUGAUGAGUUCGUUCGAAGUGUGGAGCGUCUGACGGCUGUUCUAGAACCCUCAAACUGGUGCCAGCGGGGUCACAACGUCCCCGGGUGGUGCAUCAGCGUAGCGCCACUGUCGAGCAUGAGCCCCUGCAUUUCGGUGCUCGCCCAAAUCAAGCCACUUCCCAAAGUACUGGGGCAUGUGAAACGGGCCUUUGUUGGGCAUUUGGAUCAGGCCCGAGUUGGCAAGGUGCUCCUGGGUCUAGCUGGUAAGGCCUGUUCGGUGGAUGGGGUAAAGUUGGUUUCCAAGUUAUGUGAAAUGACGGGCAUCUCAAGAGGGGUUUUGGGGACUUGUCGUGUUCCCCUCUGUCCGCCUCACUCGCGCCGCCAACAAAAGACACUCUCCUCUCUUAUCAAGGAUGAUGAUGAGAGUCGUAGUUGGCCUUUCAACUUCCAUCCGAAUCAAACUCUUGAGUCGCUUCUGUCAGUUGAAGGUUGGGGAAAUGGACGGGGUGAAUGUACCAAACCAUACUUCUCUUUUGAAGAAAUUAAAUGGCACAACCGCUGGCUCCGACGAGCUGUUGACUUAGCGAAGAGCCGGUCUGGUGUUGUGAAAAACGCCUCGUGCGAUCUUGAACACCCAGACUGCGUGUGCACCUGCAUCGUCAUUCAUCCACACUUGGUCAAGCGUUCAGACCCCAAUGAAGCCCAACCGCUGGCCGAAGCCGUGUCCACGGACGGCGAAUCCCACAUCGACCACGCCAUCAUGCUCGCAGCUAGCCAAGUUGGGCAGGUAAUGGGUCAUGUAACCGAUUUCAGGCUCAAUCGGGAGCUGCACUAUCCGACUGACGAAGACGGAAAUGUAGAAGUGGGACGCGGCGGAAGAUACCUUCUAACUGACUGCGACGUCUAUCUCUCGACAGAACCGUGCCUCAUGUGCGCAAUGGCCCUGCUUCACUCGCGUGUUAAGCGAGUUUUUAUCGCUCGUCGGCUCCCUUCCAUCGGCGGUAUGUGUAGCCGAUGGAAACUUCCGCUGGUCAAGGGCGUCAAUCACCACCUUCUUGUAUUUGCACCCCGUGAGAUCUAA